AUGGCUGACCGUAGCCUGGCGGUGAGGGCAGUGGCGGCGACCUUUGUUUCGAUUGCAUUCGUCGUGGUUUGUCUUCGGAUAUAUUGCCGAUUGAGAGUGGUAAAGAGCUUCGGGUGGGAUGAUGGUCUUAUGGUGGUGGCCAUGCUCUUUUAUAUCAUGUAUGCCGGAAGCAUGAUUGGCGGAAGCCUUUAUGGCACCGGGAAGCGAUUCGAAGAUAUAACCCCGAGAAACGCUCUCAUGGCGAUGAGAUACUGGUGGCUUUGCGAGAUUGGGUACUGCUUUUCUUCCGUCUUCUACAAAGCCUCCGUCUGCGUCUUCCUGCUCCGGAUUACCGUUCGCCGCCUGCACAACUGGAUCCUUUACCUUGUCAUGUUCUUUACCGUGGCAACAGGGCUAUUAUUUAUGUUCCUGAUGCUUCUGCAAUGCAGGCCUCUUUCAUUCUUCUGGACCAGAGUUGGUCCCAACCCUCCAGCAAAUGGGUCAUGUAUAAACAUCAACGCAAUUAUCGCAAUGACCUAUGUUUAUAGUGUUUUCGCCGCCAUCUGUGAUUUUACAGCUGGUAUUCUUCCUAUCUUCUUGGUUUGGAAUUUGCACAUGAAUUUGCAAAUGAAGUUUGCCGUAGUCGGCAUCCUCGGCCUGGCUUGCAUGUCAGUCUCUUUUGGGCCCACGAAAUUUUUUUAUCCCGCUAAUAUAUCUGGAUUGGUCUCUAGUGCAAGUUCUGCAGUGAUUGCUCGAUUUCCAUUUGUCCAAACAUUUGCCGAUCCGGAAUUUCUAUACGCCACAGUGGAACUUGCUAUCCUGUCAAACGUGGAAAAUGGACUUGGGAUAACAGCGGCCAGCCUCGCAACCCUCCGCCCUCUCCUUCGCCAUGUGAAAGGAGACGUUGCGUCUACAGGCCAUUUGAGUGGAGCUACCAAUGCUAACUCAGCCCGGCGAAGUAAUCAGCGGAAUGGGUCGUUCCGGUUUGUAGAAGGACGAAGCAAACUGGCAAAUCAAACCCAAACUUCUAUGGGGGGCGAAUUUCAUCAGUUGGAUGAUCUGACUGGGAGUGAAGAGUUCCUCAAGCCAGACAGCUCCCCUGAGUCGGGAUCUGCCACUGAACAGAAUUGA